CAUCAUCAAUUGAUUCUUAAUGUCUAAAUCUAAGAUUUUGAGCUCCUGAUCUUGGAAUUGGACAACAGUUAGCACAAUGAUGGGUUUCAGUACUACUGCAGAGUCCGCCUCAUGUUUCUUCUUCUCUGCAUGGAAGAAACUAGCAUCAUGGGAUAAAAGUAGAAAACGCAGACAAAACCAAGACUGGGCCUUUAUGGGGGAAUUAUGCCGCCGAUAUUCGCUAGCUGAGAUCAUAGCAGCCACUGAAUGCUUCAACGACAGGUUCCAUAUUGGUAGCAGUGCCGUGAGCUCAGUCUAUAAAGGGUACAUCAACGGCGGGGCAACUGUUGUUGCAAUCAAGCGAUUUACAGGCAGCAGACAAGACUUCAGGAAUGAGGUGCUGCUGUCCUGCCAGCUGCGCCACCCCAACCUUCUCCCUGUUAUUGGAUUCUGUGAAGAAAAGGAGGAACUCAUCCUUGUCUACGACUACAUGGCCAAAGGUACCCUCUCUUCGAAGCUGUUCAAAAGAGUGGAUCUUGAUCCGCUGCCCUGGAGGCAGAGGCUGAACAUAUGUAUCGGGAUAGCACGCGCAUUGCAUUAUCUCCAUGCAGGGCUAAAACAUGCUAUUGUCCACCGCGACAUGAAAUGCUCCAUCAUACUAUUGGAUGAAAAGUUCGAAGCAAGGGUUUCAAACUUAUUAACGUUCAAGAUGGGUCCUCCUAGUUUGUCAAAUAAACUCAUACGAGUGACCUCUGAUAGGAUCGUGGGCACUUUCGAGUAUAUUGAUCCCGAGUAUAUCCAUUCGGAACAAUUUACAGAAAAAUCUGAUGUCUACUCGUUUGGAAUGGUGCUGCUGGAAGUGUUGACUGCCAAAUGGGCAAAAGAGUUUCAUACAUACACAGGCAGGCCGGACACCUUAUGCGAUAUAAUGGACCCUUCUUUGAGGGGUAAAAUAGCUCCUGAUUGUUUGCAAAAAUUUAUGGAUAUCGUUUAUAGAUGUGUAAGUCCAACAGGAGCAGAGCGACCCUCAGUAGGCGAAGUGCAAAUGGAACUCGAGUGCGCAUUGGAGCUGCAAGACAGCGCAGAUGCCAAGAAGGACGCUUCCCUUGGUCUUGCAGGUGACUAUAGUUACCAAGGGAUGUCAAUUUGUGAAAUUGAUGAUAUUUUCUCAUUUUUGUUUAGGCAGCUCACAACUUCGGAUGUCAGCUCUUUGUUUGAAUAACAGCAUUGAUUUUUCUGUUU